UCAUCCAGUGCUGUUCAGCGGCUGCAGUCGAAAGGUUCAACUGAAAUGUCUUCCAAAAUUGUUCUCUAUACCACUCGCCGAACCCCCGGCGGGCGAGCGGUUCAAAUAACCUCUCACAUCCUGGGGCUGAAUGUUGACCUAAAGUAUGUCGAUCUUUCAAAAAAGGAACAGAUGAGUGAGGACUAUCUCAAGAUGAAUCCAUUCCACACUGUUCCGACCAUAACGGACGCUGGUGUGCCGGUGUACGAUAGUCACGCUAUUCUGGUCUACCUAGUGUCCAAGUACGGCAAGGACGAUAGCCUCUACCCGAAGGAUCUCGUAACACAAGCACGCAUCAACGCUUGGCUCCACUUUGACUCCAGCAUACUGUUUCCUCGGCUUCGGGGAGCACUGGAACCGGUAUUCUACUUUGGUGCUACGGAAAUCCCUCAGGCUCGGUUCGAAGCCAUCGAGAAGGCUUACGAGCUGUUGGAAGGUGCACUGAAGAGUAACUUCCUGGUGGGAGAUUCGAUGACCCUGGCGGACAUCAGUGUGACCACUAGUUUGGCAUCGUUGAACGGAGUUUUCCCAAUGAGCGAAGGUAAAUUCCCAAAACUUUGCACGUUCAUGAAACGCAUGGAACAGACUAUGCCGUGCUACAAGGAGUACAAUGCUGAUGUGCUGGAAGAAACCAAGGUGUUCCUGAAACAGAAGCUGGACGAGAAUAAUAAGAAAUCUAAGCAGUAAAAAAAAUUGAAUGAUGUGCAACACACGAUUUU